UCUUAUUAACCUGGAAAUGCCCCUCGUGCUCAUCCCUAACUAGGGGUAAAUUCUUGGGAAUUUCUAGCGCCACCCUGCUCAAAACGAACAUGUACCGCUGCAAUGGCAGCGCCCGACCUCCGGAGCCUUCAAGUUCAGGAUGAAACCCAUUUUUGUUAAACAAGAUGAUCAAACUUAUUGCCGCAUCAGCACCAUCACUGGGAUGAAAAUCCAACAGUCUCCGGGUGAGCAUAUUCGUCUGCAACUCUGGAGGUUUGGAGGAAGUUGCUGGUGAAUUAUGUUGGCUUGAGGCUAUGCAACCGUUAGAAAACCUACACGAAAAGGGUUCGGAAUACUGUAUUCCAAAUAGUGAAGUCCACCAACCAUGCAGGCAUUCCGACGUCUACACCAGGUUAGUCUCUGUUCUUCGCCUCGCCAUUUCGAUCUCUUCCGCAGAACACCACAGAAAUUUCUGCUUUAUUCAACAGAUGUACACAUCAAAGAACUUCUUGGCUUCACCUCCCCUCUUCUCGUCCUCGAAGAACCAACCGAUUCCAAUGUCAAGCAAAGCCCUGACUCUAAACCCCCAGCUGGUUUACUUUCAUCAAUUUUGGCCGAAACCCAUUCUAAAGGAAACCUUAAUUCGAAAACCCCAACUGGGCUUUUUUUAUCCCGCAUGGUAGAUGAAGACCCUCCUUGCAAGUCUCAUGAUUAUGGAAGAAGGAAGCUGAAUACUAUCCCUAUUCCCCAUCGUUCAUUCCAAGAACCAAAGGGUCAGGAUUUAGACUUCGUCAAUGUAGCUUACAGUCAUCUUGUCCACACAGACUGGGCAAAACUCAAUGAAAUGGUUCCUGGAUUGAACCCUUUCAGAGUCAAUCAUGUCCUGUUGAGGACUCAGAAAGAUCACCUCCUCUCUUAUGAGUUUUUUGAUUGGGUGGCUCUCCAGAAACCCAACGCACAAACGCUGGAUUCCUAUGCAAUCAUCAUCCAUAUACUCACUAAAGCCAAGAAAUUUAGGCUCGCAGAGAGAGUUCUUAAGAAAACAAUUCUUCCUAAAUUGCCAAAUUCCCCUUCGGAUCUCUUUGAUGCGCUUAUCUGUACAUAUCGGAUGUGUGAUUCGUCGAGGGACUCCUUCGAUUGCCUGUUCAAGACUUACGCUCACUUGAAUAAGUUCAGGUGUGCCACUGAAACUUUUUGCAGGAUGAAGGAUUAUGGGUUCCUUCCUUGCAUCCGCUCUGCUAACGCGUACAUGAGCUCGUUACUCGCUUUGAAUCGAUCAGAUAUAGUUCUGUCAUUCUACGGAGAGCUUCGCAGGCGUAGGAUCUCGCCGAAUGUUUAUACUUUGAACAUGGUUAUCUGUGCUCUGUGUAAAUCUGGUAGGAUAGAGAAGGCUGUGGAGGUCUUCAAGGACAUGGAGAUUCUGGGUUGCAGGCCUAAUGAUGCUUCUUUCAAUACGCUGAUUGAUGGGUAUUGUAAGAAUCAGCUUCUUGCUGCAGCAAUGAGACUUAAGAACUCGAUGUGCGAAAAAGGUGUCGAGCCAAACAUCGUGACUUACAACACACUGAUAAAUGGCUUCUGCAAAAAUGGAAUGCUGCAGGAUGCAUGCCGACUCUUUAAUGAGAUGAAGGUCAUGAAUGUAGCUCCAAACACUGUUACAUAUAACACUCUGAUAAGUGGGUAUAGUCAGUCUGGGAACUGUGAGAUGGGAGCUCGGCUUCAUGAGGAGAUGGUGAAGAAUGGAACUGUUGUUGAUAUCUUGACAUACAAUGCACUUUUAAUGGGACUCUGCAGAGAUGGAAAGACUAAGAAAGCAUUAUACUUGUUGAAGAGGCUAGAGGAGGAGAACCUUGUUCCUGAUGCCUCAACAUUUUCUGCCAUGAUUAUUGGUCAUUGCAAGAGGGGAAAUUCCGAACGUGCAUACGGUGCCUACAGGACCAUGCUGAGAAGAGGAUGUCAUCCAAACAUGGAAACAUUCAGUACUCUCAUCUCUGCUUUUUGUGAGGACAAAGAUUACAGUGGUGCCGUUAAGAUGCUGAUGGAGAUGAUUGAAAGAUCUUUGCCUCCUGAUGCAGAUACGAUGGUUGACCUUGUUCAGGGGCUCUGCAGGAAUGGAGAAUGUCAGGUGGCCAUGGAAGUGUGCAAGAAGGUCGAUGAAAGGCGUUUGACCCCACAUGGUUUUGAUAUGAAAAAAGUUAUUAAGAUUACGGACUUUAACAGCUGCAUAAAGAACGACAGAUUGAAUCUUAUGAGCAACUAAUGUAGAAGAAAUCUGUUUAGUUUACUGUCUAACUCACAAGGAUCCGUUUACUGUUCUAUCUCAGAUGUAAAAAGCAUGAUAGUUUAAGUCGUGCAGCAAAUGUUGAAGAAAUUUAUUCAGUUCGCUGACUGAAACAGAGAUGCAAUGCGUGAGAGACUGAGGUUGGUGAGCAACUGGUGAUAUAGACUUAUAUCUGUCUUAUCAUGUCCUGAUUCAAAUACAGAUGAUCCUCGGCUAUGGCUGUGUAUCUGAUAAGCAUUGGUGGCUGUGAAAAUGGAAAGCGAUUCAUUGCUUAAGUGGAAUUGGAAUAAUUGGACCAAACAGUGGAAAUUCAAUAUCAGCCUUCAAUCUUUUGUCUUUGGCAGGACCAUAGCAUGUGAAUUCAGUGUGAGGCUGUGGUCAAAAUUUCGAGGUUUAACACCCUGAUCUUGAAUCUGAUCACGGGUACUUCUCCGUACUUCCUAAAGCCGCCCGUUCUACUCUCCAUUAUCAAAGGGUCAGACAUGUUCAAGUCUUCUGGGCGUUUCUCUUUGUACAAACCGAUGUAAUAGAUGUACCAUCUGACUUCAGAAAAAAUUGAAGAAUUUUACCAAUUCUGGGUCUUUUCUUUGGAACCUGCGCAGUUUACAGCUGUCAAAGGGAAAGAUCUGCUCGAACUUGCUCAAAUCUAAAGCAUGUCGCUGGAUGUACAACACGAGACGAGAAAGCAUAUCUGUUCUUGAAACUUGUGCAGUUUACAGUUAUAAAAAAGUUUUACUGCUGCUGGCUGCUGCCAGAAAAGUGCAGUCAUGAAGUUUUCUUAGAACUAGUCCAGAAGGGGUCAUAACUUCACUAGACCUGGAUACGUUGGGACCUGCACUUAACCAAUGGGUUUUUGUACUAGUUCUGCUAUGUAGAAGUUCUAGCCAUUCCCGGUCCCCAGACUCCCGACGAAAGUGGACAAUCGGAUAGAUCGACCCUCAAGGCACACAUAAUACAGGUCCAAAUGCCUCUUUAGAUGAUCGGGCUCAAAGAAAUGAAUGUGGACAGGACUCUGGCAGCCAAAUUCGAGUAAGAAUGUGAACUCGAGCAGGUAUCUGAUAUAGAUGCCCAUAAAUUCACAUUAUUAAUUGGCCUUUCGUCUCUUAGAAUAUGAGUGAAGUACCCAAUACUAAAACUAAAAUGAAGAAAACUCGCGGAUCGGAUGACACUCGGUUCCUCUUCAUGCCUAGUAGCAGCUGUAGCAACUCACCAAUCAACAGGCGAGAUCUGAGCUGGAUCAACGUGCUUUCCCAUUUGGAUACAUUUUUACACUAGAGCUCGCAUCUUCUGAUGAGGAUGCAUCCAUGGAUUCAGAGACCGGGGCUCUGGCUUUCCAGGCUCUGCCCGUAUUGGAUGUGUCCUUCCCCAAGAUGGGCACUACUGUCCUGAGAAGGUCAUUUCCCUUAUCCUCCUCAUUCUGGAGAUCAUUCCCGAGAAGAGGAGCAGGACCAGGUGAGUGGGAAUGCAGCUCCAUGGAUGGCCGUGUAUGCCAUUUCUGCACCCCCAAGGGCCGUGUAUGCCAUUUCUGCACCCCCAAGGGCGGGAUUGCCACGCCCAGGCCGCUUUCAUCAAAUGCUUCUAGGCUUUCAUAUAGAGAUUUGAUUUUUUUCUAGAACUGUAUCCUUGUAUUCACGGUAACCCAUAUUUUGUUCAUUCUGAUCAUUGAUUAAAAAGGUAGCAUUUGUGAUCACAAUGCUUUUAGUGUA